CGCCAGGUCCACCAGUCAUCACGGAGGUCACCUCAGAGUUUGGAUCAGCUAAUGUCACCUGGACACCUCCUGAAGAAGCAAAUGGUGUAAUUUCAGAGUAUGAGAUCAAUUUUAAGAACGAUAAGAAACCUAUAACAGAAGGAGUGGAUGGAAUGAUGACUUCAGUUAUGGUUACUGACUUAGAAGAAUGUGAGGAUUAUGUUAUUACUGUUAAAGCUAAAACUGAAUUAGACUGGGGAGACGAGUCAGACAGCUAUUAUACUACCAUCAAUGGUAUUGUUGCACCAAGUGAAGUGAAUUGUGAUCAGAAAGGUUAUACAGUCAAUGUUUGCUGGACACCUUUCCUGCAAGUUGCUUCCUAA